UUCGAAGGGUAGUGCGGACACUGGGCUUUGAAAUUUUUGACAACGGUCUCAAAAAUGGCAGAUAAUCAGCACAGUAGGUUCGAAAAAUCCCUGGGAUUAUUGACGACUCGAUUCGUGACCCUUCUACAAAAAGCCAAGGAUGGCGUUCUGGAUUUAAAAGUGGCUGCGGAUAUUCUCGAGGUUCGACAAAAAAGGCGCAUUUAUGAUAUCACGAAUGUACUUGAGGGUAUUGGAUUAAUUGAGAAGAAAAGCAAAAACAGUAUUCAAUGGAAAGGUGCGGGUCCAGGAUGCAACUCGCAGGAAGUUGGGGAGAAACUGACAGAAUUGAAGGACGAGCUUCGAUUAUUGGAGGAGCACGAAAAAUUAUUAGAUAAGCACACACAGUGGAUAAAGCAGAGUAUAAAAAAUAUCGAGAACGACACAACGAACAAAAGAUACGCCUAUCUCACCUACGAGGACAUGAAAGAUAAAUUCACUGACGAAUUUAUACUCGCGAUUAAAGCCCCGACAGACACCAAACUCUGCGUGCCAAAUAUCGCACAGUUAGAGAACGAUGAAGAGGUGGACCUAAAUUACGAGGUGUCGUUGAAAAGUCCUUCUGGCGAAAUUAUGGUUUAUGUAAUCGAGCAGGAAUUGGCCGAGAAUUACGAAAAUAAGAUUCUCGAAUUGAGGCUCAAAGAAAAAGUGAAGGGAAUAAAAAGGGUCAAGGUAGAAGAUGAAAAGAGGGAGGAAGUCAGACCCAACAAAAGAAAAGCUGGAAGGCCACCAAAGAUUCCAAAAGUGGAAAUUAUCUCCGAGGACGAGGAAGAAGAGUCAGAAUCGGACGCCAAAAUCAUCUUACGAGAUAUUAACAUAUCAGCUGAUUUUAAACGAAGAAACUUUGAGAUUGACGACUUUUACUCGGAGAUUUGCGGGCCAUUGGUCAGGCUGAGUCCGCCUCCAGGAGAACGGGAUUAUCGGUUCAACUUGGGAGAAAGUGAAGGACUGUGUGAUCUCUUUGACAUUGCUGCCAAUUGAGUUCAACUUUGUAGACUUAUCUAGAGUAAGCUUUGUCCAUAUUUUUAGUGAUUUCUUUUAUUUUAUUUUAUUUUAUUUUUUUUUUAACAUAUAUAUAAUCAGCGAUUUCUGUCGAUAUCUGUACAUAUUUUUCAAGUUUCAAAUUCCACUUUUCUCGUGUCGACUUUCAUUUCCAGUAGAGUAUUUCUGUAAAAAGAAAGUUGUAAGAUAACUGAUGAUAUUUUCGUAAAUCUUGAUUAUUCUCCGUUUUGGUGUGAGGAAGUCUACUGUUAUUUAAUGUAAUUGUGAGAUGGAGAUUGGAGGAAUGAUCAAAAGGAGUGUACAUUUUUCAUGAUUGAUAAUAACUAAUCAAUGGUGAUGUUUUCUUUUUUUUACGAUUUCAUCGAGAUUUGUGUACAAAUGUGGGCGAUGACUUAUGCAACGUCUGAGAUGAAAAUGAAAUUUUUUUUGAUUGAUAGAAAUAAAGACUUUUUGAAAUUUU